AUGUACGGACGGACAGCCAUACUCUCCUUGCGCUUGUUUGAAAAACGUCUGCUAUCCUCGGGCCACCGUCUGUUCUCGCAGCCCUCCUCGGCAACACCACCGGAGAAAGUGCCGGAACAGUCAACAAGUCGUCAUGUGCAAACUAUCGAAGAAUACCUGGAAGGCACGUUCAAGCGCGACGAGUCGAAGCUUCCAAAUGUUCUUCAAGUUUUGGUAGCGAAGGUUCAAUACAAGUUUGGAAAGGAGCAGAUGGACCCCGAGUUGAAGGUUCUGCUCGCCCAGGCAGCCACCCAACUGUACUUCAACUGUGCCAACCACUACAGUUAUUCCGAACUGUGCGCGUCAUUCGGGCUGCCCGACUACUUUUCAUCGUGGUAUAAGCUUACCAUGAUUCAUAUAUGGAUGGUGCUGCUGCGCUUGCACGUAUCCCUGGAUGUUGACUCGUACAAGCGGCUGCAAAAUGGGUUGCUGGCCGCGUUAUGGGAUGACGUCGACAAGCGCCUUGCCAUCUUGACGGAAGAAAUUGGAAAACCGCAAGCUCGUUCUGGCGACGUAUAUGCCAUGCAUGGGCUGCAUCUACAAACGCUCCUCGAAUAUGACGAAGGCUUUUUGUCAAGCGAUGCUGACUUGGCAGCGGCCAUCUGGAGAUGCCUGUACAUUUCGCGUGAUGUGGACCCAGUCCAUGUGCAGCGGGUCAUCGUCUACAUGCGUUCAACGAUCGCCUGGUUGGAUACGCUCGAUCUGGAGGAUAUUCUCGUUCAAGGAGUGAGCAGUUGGAAGCAAUUGGCGCCGAAAGCUUUA